UUUUGUUCGCAGGAGCAAAUCAUUCUGAAGGGGAAAGCACAAUUCAAAGUUGUGUCUGAAUUCAGCAGGCUCAGUCAGUUCAAUACAUGCUUACAGUGGUAUACAAUGGGCAGUAUUCAGGAGAAAAAUUGAUAAUCUUCACGGAAGAGUAAUUUGAAUGAAAUUACACUUGACAAGCAAUCUCGAGGCAAAGGAGGGAAGUGAGAGAGUAGGAGCCAAGCUCUGAGGACUUGCCCAAGCCACAGCUACAAGGAAGAUCCAGAGGAAAUUUCUUUUCCCUCUCUCUUCCUAAGCUCCUAAUUGAAGCUUUUGUUUAAUUCUGUGCAGCAUCUCGGGCUGACAGCAGACAGCAAUGGAAGAGAAUAUGGAAGAGGGACAAACACAGAAAGGGUGCUUUGAAUGUUGCAUCAAGUGUCUGGGCGGUAUUCCUUAUGCAUCGCUGAUCGCCACCAUCCUACUGUAUGCUGGUGUGGCACUGUUCUGUGGCUGCGGCCAUGAAGCUCUCUCUGGGACAGUCACGAUCCUGCAGAAUAACUUUGAAGUGGUAAGAGGUGCUGGAGACACCAUAGAUGUUUUCACUAUGAUUGAUAUCUUCAAGUAUGUAAUCUAUGGUGUGGCAGCUGCCUUCUUUGUCUAUGGCAUCCUGCUGAUGGUGGAAGGGUUUUUCACAACUGGCGCCAUCAAGGACCUUUAUGGAGACUUCAAGAUCACCACCUGUGGCCGAUGCGUUAGUGGCUGGUUUAUUAUGCUGACCUAUAUCUUCAUGCUGGCAUGGCUGGGAGUGACAGCCUUCACCUCACUGCCUGUCUUCAUGUACUUCAACAUCUGGACGCUCUGCCAGAAUGUCACCAUCAUGGAGUCCACUGAUCUCUGCUUUGAUCUCCGCCAGUUUGGUAUUGUGCCUAUUCAUGAGCAGAAGACAGUCUGCACCUUGAAUGAGAACUUCAGCAAGCUGUGCCAAUCCAAUGAUCUGAACAUGACGUUCCAUUUGUUCAUUGUGGCCCUGGCUGGAGCAGGAGCAGCAGUCAUUGCUAUGGUUCAUUACCUAAUGGUGCUCUCUGCCAACUGGGCCUACGUGAAGGAUGCCUGUCGGAUGCAAAAAUACGAGGACAUCAAAUCAAAGGAGGAGCAGGAGCUGCAUGACAUCCAUUCCACCCGUUCAAAAGAGCGGUUAAAUGCUUAUACAUAAAAGGUCCCGUCCCCUUGCUUGCACCAGUCACUGCUUUGUGUCUGACUAAAGCUUAACAACUGACUCACAACCCUGGUUACUGGUUCAGUAAGUUCCUAUGCGACUUGACCACAUGUUUUCUUUUUAAGUGGUUAAAAAUCCGAAAGCCUUGUCAUUUAGUAAAGGGAUAGCCAUCACUUCACUCACAAUUCCAUCAGGUUCCUCUGAUCAUUUUUUUUUAGGUAAAUUUGUUAUUUGUAACUUUUUAAAAAUGGUCCAUCUCUUAUUUUUACAAAUAGGAAAUUUGUAACGGAACCAUAUAUGAAAGGAAAGGGAGGGAAGGAAACUCAAGUUGGGAAAUCACUGUGGCUGAUUUUAUUAUACAAAUGCAUUCAUAUCAAUUCCUCGAUCUGUCAUUUUAAUGGGGUUUGAAAAUGGAUUCUCACUUCAGUUAAAAGAAAGAAAAUUGAUACCAGCAUGAUUAUCAUUUGUUUUAUACAUCACCUGCAGCCAUUUCCAGGUUCGCUACUUUUUACCCCCAUUUCAGAUUUCCUAAUGUAAGAUGUUCCUUUAAAAUCCUUGAGACCUGGUGAAUUCCUGAAUCUAAUAAUCGUGUUCAGUUUUUUUUUAGCAACAUUACACCCUGAAUUUUUAUAAUUAUAGGUAACGCACUGGCUUGCAUUCGCCGAACAGUUAAACAUCAAUUUUUAAUGCAUGGGAUUGUAGAACUUUUGCCAGGUUUUUUGCCUUCCGUGACUAGACUUAUUGGUAAUUAGGGCCUCUCGGUGUAAGAUGGCCAAAAUGUGUCAAAUUUCAUUAAAAAGGCAUUGUUGCAGGAACCUCUAUGGGUCCUCACUACGCCUGCUUUUCAUGGGAUAGGGGGGAACAUUCUUUGUUCCAGUCCUACUCAGGGCCCCUCCCUCACCCUUUUCCAGCCUGUUGAUGACUGUAUUAGUGCUACUUCCGAACUGGAAAAUUUCACCAUCCAGAAAUUCCUUGGACUUCAGGAGUAUAAAGAAGGAAAAGAGUCUACAUCUGAAACUUUAACCUGUCUUUUCUCUUUUUGAAUGUUGACAGAUCAACUGUGUAUUUCCAGUUAGGCCAUUUUAAUAAAAUGGGAUCAUGGGUGGUUUGUUAUCAUUUUGGAGACUGCAUCUUGUUAUUCCAUUUAUUUGCAGUUAAAGCCCUUUACUUUCGAUGACUGAACAAGUCUACUUCUAUCUUGAUUCUUUAAGAUUCUGGGGAUUUUUUAUUUUACUAAGCGCGAUUAGAUUCCACUUGUCUUUUAUGUUCUUUCACAGAAUGUGGGCGUCGCUGGCUAGGCCAGCAUUUAUUGCCCAUCCCUAAUUGCCCUUGAGAAGGUGGUGGGGAGCUGCCUCCUGUUCUCCCCAUGAGGGCUGCCUGUCAGUGGCCUUGAUCUUGCAGGAAGAGAAGACGUUUCCAUGAAACAUGAAGGCAUCAUCAAGGCCCAACAAGUGGCUCACUGAAUAAUGAAUGUUUCCCUCACAGCUUCACAGUAGGUGGCACACGUGUAACCCGUUUCAUAGGAGCUUACUGCGACAUACAGGACACACACUCGCACAUUCCAUUUCAUUUGGGCCUUUUACUUAACUGUCAUGUUUUGCAAGGACUUUACUCCAGUACUUCAUA